CAGGGCUUGUGUGACUGUCUUCCAUGUUGCAGUUCAGAGUGUUUUCGCCUCAUUACAGAAAGUAAUAAUGCAGCGAAGUCAAAGAGCGAGAGAGCGGGUGGAAGGAAAACAAGGCAGAUUUUUUUUAUUGGAUUAAUUAGACGUCUUGUACGGACCACCUGCAACAGGAACAAAACACAAGCCAGGAAGAAAACUCAUAUCUGCUUCAGUUCUACCAAACCAAAGCAACAACUCUGACGACAGAGACUUCAACACGGAGCUAAUUGAUCUUUGAAAUGACAAACAAGCUGUGAAAAUACACUUAUAGCUUUUUAAAUGGAUUUAAAUGCCCCAGCUACUUAUCACUACGUUCUUUAGCAUUCAUUUCUCAGUUGGUGCAACAUAUGGUACCCACGUUGUCCCUUUGAGAUCAUUUUUUCCGCGGCUGGCCCCCUUUCCCUCAUCUCAUUAAUGAUCUGCUGCAAAUAUGAUGGAAAUCAGCACAUUGUGAAUAAAGAUUGAUUUGUUUAAUGCUAUGAAUUUGUUCAUUAGGACUUAAUGGGGUAUUGCUUUGUGAUUAGUCGAUGGCUUUUGUGUCGAUACGCGUCACAAUAACAAAGUAAAGUUCAACUAAUGGCUUUUCGAUUCUUGACUUUGUCCCCAUCUUGUCUUAAACGUCAGAGAAAAGUUGGAUGGCAAAACUCAGGCGGUGAUGAUACAUUUAAGGACUAUAUAUUCACAAACUGUUUCUUCUAAUUUGAAUAUAUAAUAGUUAGACUUUGGUGACUCUGACUCUGCCACUCUUAUACUUAAAUUAUGUAUGUGAUUACAAUUACAGUGACACAUAUAAAUCCUUUUUUGCAUUUAUGAUGCGUGCUGCUUUUGAUAAGAAAGAAAUGAACUGAGCACAUUCAAAUGCUGACUGAAAUAUACUUCCAUUGUGUUACAGAUACCACUUAUAAUUAAGCUGAGGCUUGAAGAGGAAAAAAAAAAAGAGCAGAGAAGAAAAAUGCAUUUGGAGUGAAAUCAGUUUGUGUGUGUUUGUGUGUGUGUGUGUGUGUGUGUGUGUGUGUGUGUGUGUUUGUGUGCAGGAUAUUCGGUGUGUUUACGGGUGCACGUGGUGCUAUGCUGAAUAUUAAACCACAAACUAUAAAGACAACAAGUGAACAGUCGUGAGAAAAUGCUAAAGGAAGUCUUUGUGGUUUUAGAGGUAUCAGAGGAGCCAAUAGUUUUAAUGAGGCAGCAUUGCUGCACAUGCCAGGAAGUGAUAAGGUUAUACAGGUUAGAGUAACGGCAGACAGAUACUGUACCAGUGUACAGCUACGGAGUGCAUGUGUUGUUAAAUAUCAGAGUCAAGCUAUGCAGCCAUGGCAGAGACAUUGAGACGUAGUAGGGGCAGAUUAGCACCAAGUCUCUCCUUAAUACAACCGGAUGGAGGACUCAAGUUUGUGUCUCGGUGUGUCGUCAGCGGUGUCUGAUGCCGACGCCCAUCUGAGCAGUGCAGUUUUAAAUGGCCGCUACCCCAUCAGUCAAAAGCUUCAUCAGCUCACCGCCCAGCUAGGACACGCCUUCCCUGAUCUACACCGCCCACAACAGAUCCCUGAAGAGAAAGCAGCCACGCCUUUGGACGAGAAGACCCACCACGCAGCCCUGGCCAGUCAACCCAUCAGCAGUCAGAUGGCCCUGCUGGCCAAUCAGCUCAACCGAGACAUUGAUGCGGGGGCACUGAGUGGGUUGAAUGGGCGAGUUGAUCUGCAGCAGUUCCUCAAUGGCCAGAAUUUGGGCAUCAUGUCCCAGAUGAAUGAUAUUGAAGACGACGCUCGCAAGAAUAGGAAGUAUCCCUGUCCAUUGUGUGGCAAGCGCUUCCGUUUUAACAGCAUCCUGUCGCUGCACAUGCGCACACACACAGGAGAGAAGCCCUUCAAGUGCCCCUACUGUGACCACCGAGCAGCUCAGAAGGGCAACUUGAAGAUCCACCUCCGGACCCACAAGCUGGGCAAUCUUGGUAAGGGGCGCGGCCGUGUCAGAGAGGAGAACAGGCUGCUGCACGAGCUGGAGGAGAGGGCCAUCCUAAGGGAUAAGCAGAUGAGAGGGAGCAGCAGUAUCCUCCAGACAGCUCAAACACCCCAUUUGAGCCUUACCAGCAGCACCAACACCCAUCAGCAGCAACUAGGCUCGGCCUGUGGCCUCCUUCCCCCCUCUGGCCUUAUCACCCCAGACCCAAUAGCCCAGCCUUCUACUUCACCUAAGCCGGCUGGCACCCAGGACGAACUAUCCCUUAACCCUGCUACAGGCUUUCGCUGCACCUUCUGCAAAGGGAAGUUCAAGAAGCGCGAGGAACUGGACCGCCACAUCCGCAUACUCCACAAGCCCUACAAAUGUACUCUGUGUGAAUUUGCUGCCUCUCAUGAAGAAGACCUGAUAAGUCAUGUGGAGAAGGCCCACAUCACAGCGGAGUCCACACAGGGCCAAGGUGCAAGUGGUGGCGGUGGCGUGCAGAGCACCACUGAAUUUCGCUGUGAGGUGUGCGGCCAGGUGUUCAGUCAGGCUUGGUUCCUCAAGGGCCACAUGCGCAAGCACAAGGACUCAUUUGAACACUGCUGCCAAAUCUGUGGCCGUCGAUUCAAGGAACCCUGGUUCCUCAAGAACCAUAUGAAGGUGCAUCUCAACAAGCUUGCCAUCAAGAGCAAGCCGCCCCAGCCCAGUGAGCAGGAAAUAGCUGCUGUCAACAGCAUGAGCAAUCUGGCUCAAGAAGCUCAUGCCAACCUUUAUUCACGUUACAUCUCCUGUCUUCAGGGUGGCUUCCUUUCACCAGAGAAACAGGGCCUGAGUGAGCAGCAUCAAAUGUUGGCCAAGGCAGGCAUAGCCAUGAAGGAAAAGGAGAUGCUUGGGAAGCUUCUGGGGCCAAUGGCAGGAGGUAUGGGCCAUGGUCUGGGUGAAAAUGAAAAGCGCUCACUCCUGGGCUGUCUCAACCUCGUGCCACCGCUCAAGUCGAGCUGCAUGGAGCGCCUUCAGGCAGCCGCAAAAGUGGCUGAGAUGGACUCCCUCAACAGCUACCAAGCAUGGCAGAUAAUGGCCCGCGGCAUGGCCAUGGACAGGGCUUUCAUGCCGAAGGAGCAGCAGCAGCAGCAGCAUCAGCACCAGCACCAUAUAGCCCCGGGGCAGGAAGAUGAAAUUGGUGGUGCAGGGGCCUUGGCUUCCUUCUCAAAGGAAAAGCAAGAAUACUCCUUGAUUGCUUCAAAUGAUAGCUCCAAGCAGAAGCAGCUAUCGGAGGCCUUGCAUGGAUCCAAGGCAGCUGGUGGAGCCAUGUUGUCCAUGAAGGAGGACGGAAGAGGCUUUGACAGUCACCGUGACUUAAUGUCUCACCAUGGUAGUGCCGAGGCUCCUGGAGCCAUGGCUGGCUUGGGAAGCCCAAACAUUGACUUCAGCCUCUCCAGCCUCUCUGGCCUGAAGGAGAAGCCUUCAGAGUGUCCCGACUGCGGCCGGGUCUUCAGAACCUACCAUCAGAUGGUUGUCCACUCCCGCGUCCACGGCAAAGACAGGCGAAGCAUCGAGGAAGCGCUCCAGCAACAAGGUCUGGAGGAGCGCCGCGGAUCGGCCAGCGACCCUGAGUCCCAGUCCAUUAGCCGCUCCACCACUCCUGGUUCAUCCAAUGUGACGGAAGAGAGCGGCGCUGGAGGAGGACACUCCCAGACAGGAAGCGUUCAGGAUGACAGCCCACAUCCCUCCUCACCAUCAUCAGAUGUCGGGGAGGACCUGGCGAAGGCAGCGGGGAGCAUCCAGCCGUCUCUGUCCCAGCACCGCGAGCGCAGUCUGGCCUCGUCCUCCAAGGAUUGCCCUUACUGUGGCAAGUCCUUCCGCACCUCCCACCACCUCAAAGUCCACCUGCGGAUACACACAGGAGAGAAACCCUACCGGUGCCCUCAUUGCGACUAUGCCGGCACCCAGUCUGCCAGUCUGAAGUAUCACCUGGAGCGCCACCACCGCGAGCGCCAAAACGGCUCCACCAACUCGGCCCCAUCCUCUGGCCACACUGCUUCGUCCGACCACAAAGACGAUCAAGGGAAGACGGCCGGCGGUGGCAUCUUCGCCCGGCCAGAUGUCCUCCGCAAUGUCUUCAAGAGCAUGCCUUCCAACCUGGACUUCAGGGCAGGUCCGCUGCUGCCCCAUCAGUGGGCGUCGGCCGGCAUGAUGCCUCCCCACGACCGAGAUCGUGAGCGUGGAGACCGCCGCUUUGACACGUCCUCCUCGGCUGAGAACAUGAAAUCUGCUGACGGCGCAUCCUCGCUGGUCUCAACAGUGACGGAUGGCUUCUCUGACUUAAGCCGGGCUUACCAAAGCAUGAUGGGAAAUGGAGUCCACUUUCAAGGUUCUCUCCAGGCUUUCAUGGACAGCUUUGUUCUCAGCUCCAUGAAGAAGGAUAUGAAGGACAACCACAGUCCAGCGCAGCUUCAGGCCCAUUGCUACAACGAUAACGGUGAGCCCAAAGCGAAGAGGGCGAUGUCUGCUGACCAGGAUAGAGAAGACAAGGCUGAAACCAAACAGAACUCAGUGCCUGGCAAACCAGGGUCCCAGUACGAACCACUUGAUCUGUCUGUAUCAGUCCGGCCUGAGUCUGCAUCUGGAGCCCUCCCGGGUUCCUCAGUAACCAUCCAUGACAAUGUGGCGUGGCAUGGCUGUCUCUUCUGCUCCUUCUCCACCCCGUCAUUGGAGCUCAUGGCUCUGCACCUCCAGGCCAACCACCUUGGUAAGGCCCAACCACAGCGGUCUGAUAACGGAAAGGAGCUCCAUCUAGAGGCUUCUACUACCAACUCCAACAACAACAACAAGAUCUCCGCACUUGACAACAAUGGGGAACGAGAUGGAGAGAAAAACCAAGGAGGAUGGAACAACCACUUGGACCAGCCCUACAACCCUUUCCAGAGCGACUUCUACAGGCGGUUCGGUGGCUUAUAUGAUGGCUCCUCAAGGGAACAGGGCCUUCAAGGGUUCAUCGCCCCAGUAGAGCAGGGUCUGGACCUUCCAAGCCAGGUCUUUGGAGUGGCCUCCUCAGGUGUUGAUGACCAGAUUGGCGAGAAGGGCUCCUGUGGAGUUGCUGAGGAGGACCAGGUGGGAUCGGAUGAUGAGGUCGCAAAGGCCGGGGUGAACAGCGCCGGUGAAACCCCCUCAACCACCCCCAUGAGACAGCUGCAACAGAAUCACUCCGAUGAAGAAGAAGAGGAGGGGAGAGUGGCCGAAGAAGAGGAAGAAAGAUAUGAGGAUGGACACAUGGACAUGGAGAGAGAUGAAGACGGAAGUCCAACUCUAGACCACAUCCAGAACCACCCCAAACAACACCAAGAUGACUCCCAUCUGUCCCCAAGGAACGGAGGAGGUUUGGCAGCUUCUUCCUCUGCGAUGAAAUCACUUUCUCUGCUUCCCCAAGCCAAGAAUCAAGCUCUUCCUCUAGAGAAGCAGUGGCAGCAGAGCCUGGGCCUCCUGUCUCCUGGAGGUCCGCCGGGACUGUUGAAGGCCGAGCAGCAGUCCCACCUAGAGCAGCAGAUGAACAUGUUGUCGGUCCUCAGAGCCUACAGCAACGACAACCUGCCUGCAUUCAAUGGCCUGGGAGGCGGAGCGGGAGGAGCAACCACAGGGGGCAUGAAGAGGCCAGACGCAUCUGUGCAUCUCUGGGUAGGAGAGGAGGACCAGCCAAUGGCCCAUGACCCCGCGCUGACCCUCGACCAUCUUAACAACGACCUUAACCACCCUAACAACCGUAACCUAGGCAACCCCGAGGGGCUGGACGCCCACGCUGUAAACAAAGACUAACGUCCCACACCCGGAGCGAGGCAGGAUGAGGAGGAGGAGGAGGAGGAGGAGGAGGAGGAGGAGGAGGAGGAUGAAGGCGGAGAUGAUAAGGAGGAGGAGGAGGAGGAUGAUGAAGGAUAAAUGAAGGAAUACACUAUAACAAAGACUUUAUUUAAGAUGAAAAAAAAAAAACACAUACUACCGUCAGACUGAAGAGAAGGCGAGAACUUUAUGAAGGAAAGUUUGGGACAGUUUUUCCUGUGGGGACGGAUUUUAAAGCGAUGGACCUAAAGACUUUUUGCAGACAAAGUGACGGCAACUUCCCUGUUUUUUUUUUGUCUCCUGUGGUCUGAACGCCCCUCGUCUUCGUUGUCUUCUCUCUUAUACGAUGAUUUUUGAUUUUUUUUUUGUUCUCCUUUUCUUUUUUCGUUGUUGAUGAAACUACCUGUCUGAUUAGCACUUCUUGUAAACUGGCACCGCAGUCUCUGAUACAUUCCUCCGGCUAGAAAGAAAGGUGUGUCUUUUUUUUGUUUCCUUUUUUUUUUAGUAGGACUGAAGUGUUAGUGCUUAAAUCAAAGACUUUUUUCUCUCCUGUUAAAAUGAAGCAGUUUAUUUCACGUCCUCGGAUCACCAUUGUAAUGUACCCUGGAAUGUAAUCUACUGUAGUAUAGAAACGUUUACCGGACUGUUGACAGAGACCAAGCACAUUUCACCUCUGGCACCUCCUAUCUGCUGUCAUAGACUCACUAUUUAUGUCCCAUGCGUCACACUGAUUGUGGUUUAUGAAGGACAGGGCACCAUUAGACAAUCUACAGCUCAAGUUUGUUUCCAGAAAUGAUCCUAGAAGAAAAAAAAAAAGACAUACCAGUAGUUGACUUUAAAUGAUGACGGUGGUGCUAAUGAUGAUUGUGAUGAAGUCAGAUUAUUCCAACUGCCCUAGAUGUACUUAUAACACUUCCCCCUCCCUCGAUAACCGGGCCAUUUGAGGCCUUCACCCCCACUUCCCCCCCUUUCGCUAUAUGGCUCCCUUUGUCUUUUUUCCUUGUUCUGUAUCGUUCAACGCAGCCCCCCACAUAGGCGCUUAAUGUACAUAGAGAGAUAUACAGCUGUUAAAAAAAAGUGAUGUUUUAAAGCAUUUGAGGGAAAGCGGGAAAGAGGUGACAGUAGUUUACACAGCCUUGGUGUCAAAAAAAAGGUUGGCAAUCUUUUAAAGUGUGACAGAGAAGAAGUUAAAAAAAAAGAAGAUCUCUAAAAACAAAAAAAAGGGGGAACAGUUUGUUUCUUUAUCGCCCUCUGCCCCCCCUCCUCCCCCCCCUCUCUCUCUCUCUCUUCGUCUCUUGUGUCAACCUCAAGGACUCUACUGUCGCAGGUGUUUCUGAAAUACUGCCACCGAUCAUUGUUGCACAGUGUUACUGACUACUGAAAAUGGUUUGAUGUAUUUACUUUAAGAUGAGAAACAGAAAAAAAAAAAAAAGAACAAAAAACUGGAAAAAAGACAUAUUGUGUAUAGCCUUAGAUACAAGUCAUCUGUUAUUGCUUCUACAAAGCUAUGUAGCCGUGCUAGACCGUAGGACGUAGGGUUGAUUUUAUUUCUUUUUUUUUUUAUAUAUGUACUGUACAUUAAUGCCUUCUUCAUUUACGGAUCAAAAAAAAAAAAGAGGAAAAAGAUGACAAUCGUCUCCUGUGCUGCAAACAUAUUUGCCCCCAUAUAUACAGAAACUCAUUAUGCAUAGAGGGACUUUAUCCUUUCUUAUUUCUUUUUGUUUGUUUCGGGUUUCUCAGAAGUAUUUUGCACUGUGAUAGUAUUAUAAAUCCAACCUAUACAGUACAAAACUAGCUAACUAACUAAACUGAAGGUGUGUGUUUGUGUGUCCCUUGGCAUUGUGAAAUGUUUCUACGUCAUUUUUUUGUGAACCCAGAGAAAAAUUCUAAUGCGGUAUGUACAGUUCAAAUAUAAUACUUCUUUAUUUUAGUUUUGAUCAACCUCUAUACUGUAUGUGGCAUUGACAUAAAAAAAUUGUUUCUUUUUUGUAUGCAAAUCCCCCUUUUUUGACCUGCAGUGUAUAGGCCUGUUAACUGCUUCAGCCUGCGUGAUACACAGUGCUCAUGUUCCAACACUUACCGCAGUGCAGCCUGGAUCUGUCCCCCCUUUUCAAAUCUGAUUUAUGUAGAGUACCAUUAACCAGUCUUUCAAAUAUCAGUAUGCCAGAAAAAGAGGGGAUCGAAAAACGUAACAAAAAAGAGUGAGAAGUAUGAAAAGUGAGAAGUAACAGUGGUGGAGAAAUAUACAGCAACAGGGUGUUUGAAGGGAGGGAUUCUGGAGAUGGGGUCUGAGUAAACCAAUCAGAUGAAUUCUGCCGGCGGCCUCAGCCAAUGGCUUAGACUCUUGACCCUAUCUCUGUUUUCCGCGGGUGUAAAAAAAAAAAAAAAUGAGAGAUCAAUGUCGAGAGAGUGGCUUGGGCUCUCUCCUUCUCCGAACCAGCUAUAUCGAGCAUUCCACUCCACAUAUUAUGUACAAAACCUGUCUUGUGAGCUGAACACUCUUUAUGUUUUGCUGUACCCUCAUGGCAGAUGCUUCGUUUUGUAACUACUGAACUGUACUUAUAGUAAAAAUAAAAUGUAUUCAAACUAAAAAAAAAAAAAAAAAGGAUUGUCAAAGAG